ACAGUGACGUGUGGCUGAACGCGAAGCCCGCCCCCCUCCCCUGACAUCACAGGCUGUGUUUUCUAUAAAUGCUGACAGGGCGCAGUGAGGAACCACAUCUACAGCUGGAUUUAAACCAGAGUCAAACCAGAGUGACACCUCCUGAGAAAUGCAAAGCCACCACAAGCCCCAGUUUGCCAGCUGGCUCAUAGAGCAGGUGCAGACGGGCCAGUACACAGGUCUGCGCUAUGUGGCCCAUGACCAGUUCAGAGUCCCCUGGAAGCACAACUCCAGAAAGGACUGCAAGGAUGAGGACAGUAAAAUAUUUUGGGCGUGGGCGGUGGCGAGUGGUAAAAUCCAGGAGUUCCCCAAAGACAAGGCCCGGUGGAAAACCAACUUCCGCUGCGCCCUCAACAACCUCUCGGUGCGCUUCAAGAUGAUAGAGGACAGCUCCAAGAACUCAGACGACCCCCACAAGAUCUACCAAAUCAUGAACACCGAGCACAGACAGACAGACCUGCCAAAACAAGACUCCCAGGAGGACUCAGUCAUGACUCCAGAUAUCUACAGCUCUCCCAGGGAGUUCUUCCCCCUGGGACAUGAGAAGCAGUACAAUCUGGAGAAUAAUUUCACGGCCUUGGAUCUGGGCAACCAACCAAUAGAGGAACAACUGUGGGUGGAGAACUACGUCCAGCCCGAUCCAGCCGUCCUCGGAGGUUAUACUGUUGCAGCAGAGAACCACCCGCAAGCUUUUCCAGAUCAACAGUCUUUCUACGAGGUAAAUCCUACACCAGUCGUCAUCUCAGCUCAGCAGCCAAGUAUCUAUGACCUGGAGGUCUCCAUCCACUACAGGAAAAAAGAAAUGCUCAAGGUCACGUUGGCCACCGCAUGUCUCCAGCUCCACUACCAGCAAGAGGCCCCCGGGCCCAACCGCCAACUCCUCUGCUUCCCCUCCACUGACGGCCUGCUCGACCACAAACAGAUCGAAUUCACCAACCGCAUCCUCAACAGCAUCCAGAGGGGUCUCCUGCUGGAGGUCUGCGACACUGGUAUCUACGCCUGGAGGCAGGACAGGUGCCACGUGUUCGCCAGCACCAGUGAUCCCAGUGUGGCUCUGCCAGACCCCAAAAAGCUGCCCCAGAACACGAGGGUCGAGCUCCUCAGCUUCGAGAAGUAUGUGAAUGAUCUGAAAAAGUUUAAAGAGAACAACGGGGGCUCUCCUGAAUACACCAUCAACAUGUGCUUUGGAGAGAAGUUUCCUGAUGGAAAAGCUUUGGAGAAGAAACUCAUCACUGUUAAGGUGGUUCCUCUGAUCUGUCGACACUUUCACGAGAUGGCCCAGAUGGAGGGCGCCUCGUCUCUUCACAGCGCCAACGUCAGCCUACAGAUGUCGCACAACAGCCUCUACGAUCUCAUCAACUCCGUGUUCGGUCUGCCGAUAGAUGAGGAGCCGAGCUUCCUGCAUUAGAUCGGAAACGUCAUCAGCACUGGCCUCGAACAAGGAACUCUUCAAUAUGCUAUGGGACACAAAUGGUGCACGAUAUCCUGCUCUUACCAAAAGCUUUGACAUUAAAGAAAUAAGCCUAGUUGAAUGUGCUGCAACGUCAGAAGCAGGAAUGAACAGAAGCAUUAUUUGGUGUCACAGAAUUUGCCAUUAUCGAUCUGCUGUAUUUCCACGUUGCUGCCUUCCAUCUUCUUCUGUUCUGAUUAGCCACAAACUGUUAAAAACAAAAUGGAUAUUUUCUAUCACUACAAAGUGGAAAUCGACUCCUUCAUUACUGGGACUGUUACUCAAGUGAAAGACAACAAGUUAGGCUUUAGAAUAAAGUUUUCGAUGAUUCAUUAUUAUUUAAUUACUCGUAUUGAGCAGAUCUAUGUAGUGAAGAGCUUAGGACCAAUAUGAUGGUAAAUCUAAUCUCCAAGGUUUGCGAAUACUGGUCACAUAUUUAUGAGGUCGUAUUUUGUUUGUGUCAUACAGCCACCGACUGCAAUAUGUUUACAUGUCUGUGGUGAAUUGAUUUGCACUUCUACCUUUAACCACUUUUUUUUUUUAUACCUCUGCUGGUCAUUUUGUAUUUUGUAUUUCAAAUAAAUGGUUUAACCCUU